CGGCUUCGGAAAGAACGGAGCGGAGACUAAUUUCAAAAUGAGGCAAGGAAUAUUUCGUAUGUUGCUUCUCGUCACAGCUGCCUGUUUGGUGUAUUCUGCCACAGCAUCAGCCAAAAGGGAUGUGCGGCGCGGUAGGCGAGGAUUCAAGGGAAGCGGCAAGGACAAGAACUCCAUCGUGUGGUCUCGGUGGAGCGACUGGUCAGAGUGCUCGCGGACGUGUGGUGGCGGAGCCAAGUACAGGACAAGACACUGCAUGAGCAGGAAACCAGCAAAUGACAGAGCAGGAAUCCAAAUUUGUGAGGAGGAGAGCAGACAAUAUCGCUCCUGUAACACCAAGCCAUGCCCAGCCGGUUCACAAGACUUUAGAGCGAUGCAGUGCGCCAUCUACAAUGAGAAACCAUUGGUAGAGUGGGUGCCGGUGGAAGAGGGUAAUAGAAAUGAAUGCGAUCUGGUGUGUAAGACAACGAACGGAGCGUACGAACUGAACUUCCGCCAUGUGGUAGACGGGACCCGAUGCCGCGGUAACUCCAUGGAUAUGUGCAUCAAUGGCAAGUGCCAGGCUGUCGGUUGUGAUGGAGACUUGAACUCGACGGCGAGCUACGAUGUUUGCGGGGUUUGUGGCGGCCGAAACCAGACCUGUGGUCACGUGCACAAGACGUACUCGGAGGAAUAUCCAUCCACUGGAUUUUACACAUACAACCGCAUAAUCAUGAUCCCAGCCGGGGCUAGCAAUAUUCGCAUUAAGGACAAGAGCACACUGAAUUUCAUUGCUCUAAAAGACGAAUCCGGAGAGUUUCUGCUGAACGGGGACUGGACCAUCGACUGGCCAGGAGACUACAAAGGAGUGGGUACCAACAUCUCGUACCAGCGUCACCGAAAUGGAUCAGAGGAUAUAAAGAUAAAGGGACCAACUGACAAAAUUCUGGAAGUCAUGAUAAUCUUCCGUGAGAGAAACGCAGGAGUAGAAUACGAGUAUUGGAUGCCACCCAGACAGGGUGAAGGACACCCCGAAGUUCAGGAUCAGUUACUGUCAGAUGACACCGUUUCUGAUGGACAAGGCCGACCCUCAGAGGCAAGCGAGUCGGAGACCAAACCCGAGUCUAGCUCCUCCUCCAACGUGACAAUGACGGACGAGGACGAGGAGAACCCCGAGACAGAGGCGGGCUCAGACGGGGAGCCAGGACGCGAGUCCAGGAGGAAGCCCAAGAAGGACAAGGGCAAGAAGAAAGGGAGGGGCAAAGGCAGAGGCAACGGGAAAGAGAAAUGUCCGAAGUGCAGAAAGGUGCGCGGUUCACGGACGAGCCACUACUGCGAGAACGACUUUGUCCUGCACGUGGAGAUACUCAGUAAGACCAUCGAGAACGGCCAGACCCGAUUCGACACCACCAUCCUACAGACGUACAAGAACACAGUGCACCUUGGGCGGCGCGAAUACAUCUGGGUUCCCAACGUCUGCAAGUGCCCCAGGCUGAAAACCGGCGGGCAGUACCUGGUCACAGGCAACCGUCGGUUCGACACGGAGACGGGCGAGACCCGGCUGGUGGUGGACCGCGACAAUCUGGUGUCGGCGUGGAAGGAAGGCUACCACAAGAAGUGGGACAGUAUCCAGGCAAGGGAGUCGCUUGUCUGUGCCCAAGGAGAGGAGGAGGAGACAGAGGGGCCAACGGGCCGUUUUUAGGGUGGUAUCACCGGCCAACGUGCACUCGGUUCAAGAUGAAAUUAUCUUGAGAGGCACAGAGUAAAAUAGGAGGGCACCUUUUCUUUUAGUGGAGAUUAAUGGUGAUCUGUGGUGAGAGAACGCAUGCCAAACUCAACACUCAUGUAAACUGGACGUGUUAUAGUCAUGAAGCAUGAAGUGAGAUUUCAGACAAGAAUUUUAGAAUGACAGUACCAACUCUCGUCUCGCCAUUUUGAAUCUCACCGUUUCAAACAUAACGAAUUUGUCGACGGUAUCCAUGUGUACUUUAUAUAUCAAUUUUUGUCAUAUUUAUUUCAAUCUCCUGGACCCAAUACAACGCAGCUUAUUUAUAAUAUGUACAGUAUUAUAGGCGCGUGAGACCCUGUUCACGUGUCCGUAUUUUGAAUGAGAACCACGGAGAUAUUUUUGUACGAGACGACAAACUGUCGCCUACAGGAUUCAGACAGACACCUGUUUUGCUUGACUCUUGUACCGGUAUACGGGAUUUAUAAUGACACAAAAAAGGGGCCUUGUUAAAGAUUUUUCACUCGCCGAAUAAACUGGUUAAACUAUCGAUAUUUUCAGAAAGGAAGGCAAAUAUAACAGGUAUUUUGUAAUAUUGUUUCAAUAUACUGUUGUUGAACAUAAUAAUGACUGAAGGGUGUACUCUGGUGGCAUUUUGCUAUUUUAAUAUUGAAGUAUUUUUAUUCUGUAUACUAAAGAAUGUGCUUUCGGGUUAGAAAACAUUCUCUGGCUGUGUAAAUAAGCGUACGAAUAAUCACUAAGGCUUUAAUUUCACCUUUCGUUUUUAUUCUACACGCCUUGAUAGUAGGCUAAAUAGCCGACGUGUACAUAACAUUGCAUGUAAUAUUCUGCGUUUAAAACGGUAUGUUUAUAAGCGAAGGAAUAGAUAGUUUUGCUUGGCUGGAAUAAUUUUGACGUAAAUAUUUAACCACUGUCGAUAUUAUUUAAGAAAUAAUGAAAGUAGAAAAUGGAAUCCACGAAGUAUUCACGUUCGAUUAGAAUCUUGUUUGAUGUUCAAUUUUGUUUUGAGGUAAGCACGCUCUUCUGAAAUACACAAGUUAACUGCAUCAAGGAUACUACGGAUCGUUUCCUCUGGUACAUUUGAGAACUUAGCGCGUAGCUAUCAAAUCUACCGCAAGUUUUCAGUCAGUUCACUCACCGGUAGCAUCAUGUCGGUCACGCCGCGUUAUCAUAGGGAAAAAGACUGGACGGCAGUAAUGCAAGCUACUCACAAGAUUUAAGAUUGUUGAUGGAGUGUGUGUUUGGGAGGAAGUGUGUCUGGAAAAACUCUUUCCAUGAACAAUAUUCUCACUUGGCGUUCGUGCUCAUUUCAUCAUUAUCAUCUAAACUUCAUUUCCUUAUCAAUAAAUCUGCAACGGAUAUUUCAUCCACGAUCUCACAGAAAGGCUGUUUUUGUAUGAAAUUUAAUAGACGAUAGUGUGUUUAGACUGUUUUCUGACUACCAAGUCUGAAACAUUUAUCUUUCCAAAAGAACGCUUGUGUGUUUCCUAUCUCCGCCAGCCUUACAGGUUAACAGUGCUUUCACCUGAUUAAAAGUUCUUAGGAAAAACAGA